CGAGCAUAAACAAAACUCCAACAGAGCCCAAGGCUUCGCUCGAUACCGAACUAUGCCUUCAAGCAAUGUAUGGCAUCGUGAUACUUUCAAUGUACGAACUGUGAAACGUCGGCCAGCCAGGGUCAUUCGGGCUGGACGCUAGUACUUAAGGAGAACGACGCGAACGCGUCUAUGCGAUUAAAUAUAUUCUGCAGCAUGCAAGAUCGUCAACCGGUGAACGUACGUACUGAGUACCUUGAAUAGUACGGAGCGGUGGAAACAUCCACCAGUGCUUACCACAUGUCUUCGACUCAAUCACGGAAGGAUGAGAUUCUUGCCAAAAAGGCCAAGCUUGCCGAACUCAAACGACAAAGAGAACUGCGAGCGAGGGAACUAAGCAAUAGCCGACAAAGUAUUGGAGAGCCCAGUGACUACGCUCUCGGAUCGCCACUUCGGAAUAGCAACAGCGUCAAACGAGAGGAGCUAGAGUCUUUGAUCAGCUCACUAGUCGACCGCCCGAGUCCUGGCACACCAGGCACACCGACCGGAAAGAAACGCUCCAGCGGCCUCACACAGUCGUCAGAUGAAGUAGCGACUCCACCUCCAAGGAGCUACCGGGAUGUUGCCACAGACGCGCAACCUCUAUCGUUAGCAGAGCUACAGACUGUUUACGAGAUCUCUGCAGAGACGAAGCCUGAGAUCAUCACUUACAGCAAAGGAGUGCAGACUACGGGAUCAUGGCAGCCAGAUCGUUCGCAGGAGGAUGACGAAUUUGUGAAUGAGGCGGACGGAUUGAGCUCGAGUCCAUCUCGGAGAAGGAGGAAAUUGAGCCAACGUGAGCGCGAGCUGGAGGAAGAAGAGAUCCGACAGAGGCUCCGGCAGGAGAUUGAGGAGGAGCUGCGGGCUUUACAACUUCAAGAUUCUGAAGAGACGGAGAAAGAGAGAUUUCCCAUUCGUGCGCUGGCGCCGGAGGAGCUCAAUGCCGUCACAAGUAGCAACGACUUCUUAGACUUUGUGGAGCGAAGCAGUAAAGUCAUCGAGCGAGCGCUGGACGAGGAGUAUGACUUGCUGGCCGAUUAUGCUCUACAAUCAAGAGACACGGAAGAUACCGACGAGUAUGUUGGCCGAAGGGGCAGGCGCGUGAAGGAAGUCGCCCAGUUCGAUCUCACAGAUGUCAUGGGCAAGAAACGUAUGAUCAGCGACAUCGACUUUAGCUCCAAAUUUCCGGAACUCAUCUGCACGUCAUACACCAAAUCUCAACCAUCACCACAUACUCCGCCCGGACUGCUCAACGUAUGGAACCUGCAUCUCAAGGGCCGGCCAGAGUAUAGUCUCCAUGCUACUUCCGAUUUACUGUCUUGUCGUUUCCACCCUUAUCACCCGUCAUUAAUCUUGGGGGGCACAUACAGUGGCCAGCUCUGCCUGUGGGACACACGCGCCCGCAACCAACGCACCGGCGAGCCUGUACAAAAGACACCAUUGACAGGUGGUCGUACAGGCCAUGCUCAUCCCAUCUACAACCUCGCCGUCGUUGGUACUCAGAACGCCUCGUCCGUCGUCUCCGUCAGCACCGACGGCGUCGUCUGUGCCUGGUCCACAGACAUGCUCACGCAACCGCAAGAAUAUCUCGAACUCCACGCCCCCAACCCAUCCGCCUACAAAACCGACGAUGUGGCGCCUUCCUGCAUCACCUUUCCCCACGCAGAUCCGACCUACUUCCUCGCCGGCACAGAACAAGGCUCCAUCUUCCCCGUGCAUCGCUACGACCGCGCCGGCGCCAAAGCCGGCGUCGACGCCCGAUGCACAUACCGCGGCCACGAGGCCCCCGUCACAGGAAUCGACUUCCACCCGGCGCGAGGCAAAAUCGACCUCGGAGACCUCUUCGUCAGCAGCGGCCUGGACUGGUCCGUCAAAGUCUGGCGCGCGCGACCGCCGUCCUCCACCGCAAGCAACAUCUCCGGCAACAUGGACGUCGUGCGACCGCUGCUGGAGAUUUUCCGCGAAGAUGCCGUCUACGAUGUCAAGUGGUCGCCAGUCAAGCCGGGGAUUUUCGGGUGUGUCGACGGGGCGGGCAGGUUGGAUAUUUAUGACAUCAAUGCUAGUGAAGAGGUCCCCGUCGGUAGCGCCCGCCCGAGUCAUCUCGAUCGCGAUAUUUAUUCCCUCAAGAGUUUGAAUCGUCUUGCGUGGGAGAAGAAUCAGGGUAGGCAGGUCGCGGUGGGCGGGCUGGAUGGAAUCGUCACGGUGUUUGAGGUCGGCAGUGAACUUGGAGGUGUGGAUACGAAGAGCGAGGCUUGGGUCGGUGUUAAGAAGUGGGUUGGAAGACAGGCGAAGUCGAAAGCGGAGGCUUAGUUGGUGAAUAGAUUUCGCCGUUGUGGUAAUUUGUAGUGGUGAUCCUCGAGGAAAUCGCAGCCGACUUCUAGCUCAUUCAUGUUGUGCGAGCCCAGGUCCAUCGGUCACUCUGUGGUAAUUGCUAGCUUCUCCGGCGGGUGGUCGACUGUACCCUGCAUCGUUUCAUUCUUCAGCACCGCUUUGAUCAACGUCUCCAGGCGCAGCAUCGCCUCGUCGCCGAUCUGAUGAUGCAUAACCAAUCUCCCACCACUCAACCUCAAUCCCGCCUUUUGGCCCUCCUCAAUGAACUUCUCAGCCGAAAUUUCCGCAUGCGCCAGAUCCAGCCAGAUCAUAUUCGUCUCGACGGGCUUCGCCGUCUGCCCUCCAUACUUCUUCCACAACGCCUCCGCUUGUCGUGCCCGCUCAUGCACGGCGACUAACUUCCCGCUCAGAAACUGGUCCU